GGAUGGCGGAGUACCAAACCAAGCUAUCUUUUCGUUGAAAUUCAUUGAAUGACAACUUCAAUGAACUACACAACUCAUUUCACCCUGCGCUCAUUGUUUUGCGCUACGGACGCCUGGCAGUCGCGUUUUUAUCAACCAAACGUGCUAGAGUCUCUCCAAUUACAACUGAUCAUGACGCUCCUCCAAAAGCUUCCGCUACUGAUAUAUAUCCUCAGCUUCAGAUCCAUUUUUCUCCUCAAAAAAAUCUUCUGCUAACUUGCAGUUAAGCUUCCUGUUCACAGAGUAUCUCUUCUCUAACAUGCAGCGCUCUCAAAAGUUCUCUUCAUCUUCUGAUUCCUCACCUUCGACCACUCCUCCUGGCAGUCAUAUUCCUCAGCUCACCGCGACCCGCCCGGAAUCAAAAGCGGAUUUAAAACCACUGUUCACUCAGGAACCCCUGGCUUUGUCAGGUAGGGAGAAGAAACCUUCUUCACCUCCGCGCAAGCGCAGGAGGCAGGCAAUCCCGGACACGCCCGCUCUGUCUUUCGAUCCCGCUGUGAGAAUGAUACCGACAGGGCGACAGGGGCCUCCUCCGCAGACACCCCUGUCUUCGCAGCCUACACCUAUCUCGUCUACCAAUGAAUCUGAUUGGACUUCUGAUGAAGUUGACGACCCACCGCCCUCUGAUACCCUCGCUUCCAAACGCCCUCGCACAUCCAGUGGAAGCGACGAGUCCCCGCAGCCCCCUAGUUAUCAUACCGCGUACUUCAACCAUCGGUAUGCGGAUCAGCACGAUUCUCCAUUGUCUGGAGGAAGUUCUCCUUCUCCUGUUACUUCCUACGGCUCAUCUCCAGUACAUCCCCAUUACGUGCCGGACAGUGACCAUUAUCCUUUUCAUCAAGGGGUGAUGGGGCAAAAUUGUGUUGCCACCAAUGCAGAUUACGCACAAAUACGUAGGGUGUCUCCAGAAGUCUACCGAGACCCGGGCUACCUCUUGCCUCAAGAGGGUGCCCCCUGGCCCUACUGCCCCACCUAUCCCAACAAUAUUAAUGGGUAUCGCGACUAGUUGCUUUAGACAUGAAAUUCCUGUCGGUCGAUGAACCUUCUUGGCGGCAUCACUGGUUGAUGUUCAUUGGACAAGGGUGAACUAGUUUGACCGAGAGUAGUGGUGUUGGUGGACGUUGUGCAGACCCGUAUACCCAUUUAUUAUUGUAUGAUGGCUCCGACUACACUUGUCUAUACCAAAUUUCCCGUAUUUUGUUUUUGCAGUAUUGUUGUAUAUACUAGCUUUCGGUUACAAUAAGAUCCCAG